AUACAAGCUCACAGCAGAUCGACAUCAUAAGUCACUUCUUCAACUCAGUGAUCGCUUUAUAUAAAACUCUUCUAUGAACCAGAGAAGCACACAGCUAAUAGAAACACGAUACAUUAACAGACGUUGCGCAGUAUAACAAUAUUAUUUCAACAAACACAGAAAAGACUGACUAAGUCAAAACUUCAUAUUACAAGAAGCCGAUAUAUACGAAUAUCUUCACAUAUUUAUAAAAAUUUACAUUCAUUGAACAUCAUUAUCCAGACGAGUCAACUAAAGUUUUGGCGAAAGAACUUCGUGAAUCCUUAUUGUUUCACCUUCUCUACAAUCCACGGCAUCAGCUAUAAUUAUUACUAAUACCAUAAUCAUGUAUAGUCCACGGUUUCUUGUUACUAUUUUAUUCUCAAUCAUGAUGUUCCAAGGCAGUUUCUCCGCAUCAGUUCCUUAUAAAAAGGCCAAGGACUUUGAAAAUGACAGUUAUGUGACCAAUAACCCAGGAAAUUCUGCUUGUCCAGGAGGAAAAUCGAGCGACGUGAUGAUAUAUUUGGAUGUUUCAAAAUAUUUGACCAAGGAGCAAUUUAAUGUUCAAAUCCAACGAGCAGAGCACAUGGUUAGACUGUUCCGCAAUUUCAAGACAAACAAUAGGAAAUACAACCGGAUUUCAAUUUUUGCUGUUUCUGAAAAUCGAGUUCACACUAUUGCAAAAUUCAAGAAAAACGGCAAAAUCGGGACCAAGUACACUGAGGAACUAGCAAACACCCUACGUAAACUUCCCAGAAACCGUGAAUAUGACAAUACAUUAACAUCUCAUAAAAAACACGAAAUCCACGCUCUGAGGCAUAUAUGGAGAAUGUCAAGCAAAUUGCGUCGCCAUGUAGCUCAGGUGGUCUUUUAUUUCUCAGCUGAUGACUCUGUGAGUAAAAUUGAUUUGAAACGCGCCAAUAAGAUAAAGAAACGAGGAAUAUAUUUAUACAUCUUGCGACUUCGUGCCAGUAGAAUAACAUUUGAUGAGUACGAGGCUUUGGUUUCAUCCCCAGUUACAGAUUUUGUUUUUGAGGUUAAGGAUCAUAGUAAAAUCGAUUCUUCAGUGAAGAAAUUGUUGAACAUGGAACAUUGCAACAUGCAAGUCUUUCCUGGAUAUACUAUUCCAAAACCAAUUUGUGAAGCACGACGACCAGUGAACCUUUACCUGGGUGUUGAACACAAUAGUCUUCCGAAUUUAUAUAAUUUGGGUCUUUUGAAAUUUUAUAAAUCACUGAAAUCAGAACUUAAGAGCACCAAUGCUGAUAAGAUUCACACCCAAUUAAUCUUCAGUGAUUUUUCAAACGAAAAAGAAAAUAUCAGCGAAGCAUUCAUCAACAUCUUCAGGAAAACAAUGAAAGCAGCAAUUAACAAUAAUAAAGACUCUCAAAAGACUUUGCUGUUGUUUGUCAACUCCACCACUACUUUAACAGCAGAAAUGGUCAAAGCAGCUACUAUUCUGAAGGAUAAAAAAAUUGAGGUUUAUGUUGUUGUAGAAGGUAAAAGUGAAACAGACUUUUCAAAGAUUGCUAGUAAACCAGCUGAAGAUCACCUCUUCAUUGUGCCUUAUUUCAAGAAGUUGAGUGGCCACAGGGAUACAAUAUUACAGUCGAUUUGUAAAGGUUGGUGAAAUGAUUGGCUUCUAGAUAAGAAUGAGAAAAAAACCUAUAUAAACACAUAACAUUCAUGUGAUUUGAGUUCUUUAAUUUAAAAGGAAAGCUUGGAAAUUCCAACUGGCUAAAAAGGGAAACUAUAUUGUAAGCUACCAUCAACCAACCAGCCAAACAAUGAUGGAAGUGUCAAGUAAAAACAGAUUUGACUGAGAACUACUGAUGAAGCUUGAUUAUUAAGAAAUUAAUGAACGAACAUUUUAUUCUGGAGAUGACAAGGAAAAUUUUCUCUCUUUUUCUUUCUCUCUCUCUCUUUUUUUUUUUUUUUUUUUUUUUUUUUUUGAGGGUGACAAAAUAUUUUUAUUUAACUUUUGGAGAAAUUUCAACAUAUUUCCUUAUAAUACUAUUCAGAGGGUUCCAGAUGCUUCCAUAUAAAUUAUCUGAAAAUAUUUCAUCAAAAAGUAUUAUCUUCGUAAAUGAAUAAAAAAUUUUUUUUUUUAAAUGAAAAGGACAUGCAUUCACACUCGCAUAUAUACAUACAUAUACACACACAUCCAUAUAUACUCACAUCCAUAUACACAUCCAUGUAAAAAAAACAAAAAAACAAUGACAAACCUCAAACUUCCAGAAAGCCUAAAAUCGAAUAAUUUAUAGAUUAAAGUCAAUGGAAAAACUGAGCUUCAGAGAAGUUUAAGUAUGGUGCAAUAUUAAAACAGAUAAAAUGACAGAAAAAAAACGAAUGAAAAUGAAGAGAACAGAAAUGAUCAAAUAAUGAACAUUUGUGGAUAAGGAAACAAAAUGACAAUGAAAUGAAAGCAUAAAAAAAAAAAAUAUAUAUAUAUAUACAAAACAAAAAAGAAAUGACAACUGCAUCUGUGAUACAGGUUCUUCUCCUGUUCCUCUUCCCUUUAACCCUUAACCCCUAAAUAUAAGUCAGAUAUGUGAAAGCCAAAUCAGUUAUCUAGUCCCUUCACUACUGAUAAGCCAACAUGAUCCCUCUCAUCUCCUUAUUUGCCAUUAUUUACCAUUUAAUGUCCCUCUGCUCAGACUUUAGGAGAUGAUCAAGACCCAAGACUAUCAGAGAUGCAAAUUUGCCCAAUUUUUGGAUUUAAAAAAAAAUUUCUUAUUGUUUUCAUUUUUCUCUCGUCUCAAAUUGGAGAAUACUAAAAACAACAGCCCACAACUCCAAAGAACCCUUGCUUAUUUACAAGUUAUAUUGAUGAAGGGUUUAUAUUUAUAUACACUAAUUGGAACAAAGAACAGCAAAGCAUUUUCUAAAAUAACUUGUUUGAAUUUCAAUAAAAAUGUCUACAAUUUGCGAAAAAAAAAAAAAAAAAGCUAAAAAAAAAAAUACAGGAAGAAAACAAUUGGGGGCC